AUGCUGAGUGAGAAACGAGCGAAGUCUAAGACCACUGUGGAAAAGAACCUCUGCAAACUAUUAGCAAAUUCCACGUAUAAUAAAUUCGUGGAGACUGGAUUGAAACGAAUGAAAGUGAAGUUUGCCAUCAAAUUGAAUGAACGCGAGGCUAUCAUUCAUAAGCAUAAAGGUGACAUGAUCGCCGGAACUAUUAUGUAUUCCAGUAAUUUGAUUGGUAUCACGCUCAAUAGAUUAGUGAGGAAAGUGGUGAAAUCGUUCUUCAUCGGGUUUGCCAUAUUGGAUAUGUUCAAACACAUCAUAUACGAUUUCUACUACACUGUGUUCAAGAAGACAUUUGAUACCGUGGAACUAUUGGGACAGGAUACAGAUUCGCUUAUCGUACAAUUGAAUGACUAG